UCACUAUUGGCUGAGAGCCGCCUUCCCUUUGAGACCGGAGGCCCCAUUGGCUGGUGCUCAGCGAGACACUCACGCGUACAAUAUCUUCCUUCUUUUGUUAUUGUACGGAGCGCGAGGGUAGGCUUCUGGGCGCUAGCAGGAUGCACGAGCGGAGACAGCGAGGCUGAUAGUCAUAUCGACAGGGAUAGAAACAGAUAGCCCCUUAGGGGAGGAAGGAAAGUCAGAUUACUAGCUACCUCAGUGCACCACAUUCACCACUACUUCACUUCUAAUCCCUCAAUACUCCGGUUGAUGUCAUCAUGUCGGUAAACGCCCCCACCAGCAAUGACGCCUGCCUGAGCAUCGUGCACAGCCUCAUGUGCCACCGGCAGGGUGGCGAGAAUGAGGGUUUCGCCAAGCGUGCCAUCGAGAGCCUGGUGAAGAAGCUCAAGGAGAAGAAGGACGAGCUGGACUCGCUCAUCACCGCCAUCACCACCAACGGUGUGCACCCCAGCAAGUGUGUCACCAUCCAGAGGACCCUGGACGGACGCCUGCAGGUUGCAGGGAGGAAAGGCUUCCCCCAUGUGAUCUACGCUCGAUUAUGGCGCUGGCCAGACCUACACAAGAAUGAGCUAAAGCACGUCAAGUUCUGCCAAUACGCCUUCGACCUCAAAUAUGACAAUGUGUGUGUCAACCCCUACCACUAUGAGAGAGUGGUUUCGCCCGGCAUUGUUGGUCUCAGUCUCCAAAAUACAACCCUCUCUCCUCUAGCCCCCCCUGGGAGGCUGAUCAAGGAGGAGUACAUUCAUGACUGUAUCCAGAUGGAUAUGCCACCAGGCAUGUCCCCGUCGGACCACCCUCACCCCCACCCAGGGGCGCUCAAGCUACAGCCUCCGGACCACUACGGCCAGCCCCUCCCGCCUCUGCAGCUCCCGCCUGAACCGCAGCGGGCCCCUCCGCCCAUCACCCUCUACCCCAACAUGCCCCUCUCGCCCACAGUGUCCGGCUCUAUGCUGCCUCUCCAGGGAGGUCACAGUGAGGGGCUCCUACAGAUAGCCUCUCCUCAGGGUCAGGUCAUGACACCUAUGACCCCCACGCCGCCCCCCUCCACCCCAACACACGGGCUGCCACACGGGCCACCACAGAACCCCCAGCCACCCCAGCCUGGUCAGAAUGGAUACAACAGCUCCAAACACACACAGUUACAGGCUGCGUUCCACACAACUUGGACAGGUAGUAGCACAGCCUCCUACACUCCUGUGGGACCCCAACAACAGAAUGGGCGUGGCCACCAACAGCCUCCUCUCCACCAUCCAACCAGCUUCUGGUCUCAGCAUCAUGGCUCAGCCUCAUUUCCUCCCCCUGUGUCCAAUCAUCCAGGGCCAGAGUUCUGGUGCUCCAUCUCCUACUUUGAAAUGGAUGUCCAGGUGGGGGAGAUGUUCAAGGUGCCGGCUAGCUGCCCGGUGGUGACGGUGGACGGCUACGUGGACCCCUCAGGGGGUGACCGCUUCUGUUUGGGCCAGCUCAGCAACGUCCACCGCACCGACGCCAGCGAGAGAGCCAGGUUGCACAUAGGUAAAGGAGUGCAGCUGGAGUGUCGUGGCGAGGGAGACGUGUGGAUGCGCUGUAUGAGCGACCACGCCGUGUUCGUGCAGAGCUACUACUUGGAUCGAGAGGCAGGCAGAGCGCCAGGCGACGCAGUACACAAGAUCUACCCCGGCGCCUACAUCAAGGUGUUUGACCUGAGACAGUGUCACAGGCAAAUGCAGCAGCAGGCAGCUACAGCGCAGGCAGCGGCAGCAGCUCAGGCUGCCGCCGUGGCAGGCAACAUCCCUGGGCCAGGCAGCGUUGGAGGCAUAGCCCCUGCAGUCAGUCUUUCUGCAGCAGCAGGGAUAGGUGUGGACGACCUUCGGAGGCUGUGUAUCCUGCGGCUGAGCUUUGUGAAGGGCUGGGGGCCCGACUACCCCCCGGCAGAGCAUCAAACAUACCCCCUGUUGGGUGGAGGUACACCUGCACCGGGCUCUGCAGCUGCUGGACGAGGUACUACACACCAUGCCCUUGGCCGACCCAGGACCCGCUAACUGAGUGGAAGGAAAGAGGAUCGGUUAAAAAUCCAUACUGGGUUAAAAACGUACAAUCACACACACACACACACACACACACACACACACACUCUGAUUCCCCCUCUUGACGAUACAUAUUUAAGCAACAAGGCCCGAGGAGGUGUGGUAUAUUGCCCAUAUAUCACAAACCCCCGAGGUGCCUUAUUGUUAUUAUAAACUGGUUAUCAAUGUAAUUAUAGCAGUAAAAAUGUAUGUUUUUGUCAUACCCGUGGUAUGCUGUCAGCCAAUCAGCAUUCAGUGCUCAAACCACCCAGUUUAUAAAGACCGAUACAGAUUGAUACAUGCACAUACAACCACAUACAUGUUUCCAUUCUUUUUAACGCACACAAUGUAGAGCCACUCAAAGCCCCACAAAGGCUAACCUCAAUCUCUCCGUCACACACAGACACACACUCAAGCAGCCAACAAUCACUGCACUCUCCUUAACCACUUGUACUGUCUCCCACACGCCCAUGCAACCACUAACCACACCUGUGGGCAUGCAGAUAUAAAACUACUGAUGUCCUGAACGUACUUUCCAUGUUUUGUGAACAUGAAUUAUUUUUUCAUAGCACAAACACUACAAAGCAGCCUUGACCCCUGAAUUACCUUUCAUAGAGGUUCUUUAUUAUAGUAUAAACAGGCAACUUUAGUAAAUAUGUAUACUGAGUAAUUUAUGUUUAUUAUUCUAUUCUCUACAGAAAUAGAUAUGCACUGUAGAAAUCUAGGGAUGUUUUUCAGAGAUCCAGUGUUCUGAUAUGAUACAAGCACUUUGGUACUCCUCAAAUGCACACACAAUCCACACUUGCUUAUUUCCUGCUUACACGCACACACACACACACACACACACACACACACCUGUCAGAAAUCCAGAGAUGACCCAAACCCAGGAGGACUAAAGAUCUUGACCUAAAUAUCUCAUGAACAAUAUGGCCUGGUCAAACACAAAUCUCACACUACAAAAUCAGAUUUGGAUUCCGAUGUUAACCUAGAAGAUGUACAGAGUUUUUGGUAAAUCCAGAACAAUAGAACAGAUGCUAAUCGGUGAUUAGAACCUGGGUCACAGAACCAAAAUGUCUCGGAACUGUGAAGAACACCAGAGUGAUGGAACCAGGGUCCUAAUUAAUCUAGCCAGCCAUCCUUUUGUCAUCUCUGUGUGUGUGUUGUGUUCUCCUGUGUGUGGAUCUCAACUCAAAUAGUUAGUCAUUCUUAUCUUGUUAGCCCUAUAAUAACAUAGGGCACUUUUCUCAAGCUAAUUUAUUUUCUUACCAAAAGACGAAAAAAGCCCAAAAAAUUUAAGCUUUAAAAUAGUGGUGUGGGUAUUUGUGAUGAAGCAGUACAGUGUAUGUAACCAAACAGUUUGCCAUACGGCGGAACUCACCAAAGCCAGAAUACCUCAUGAUAACAGUGUAAACCCACAGUUUGUCUUUCAGCCAAAACCUCAGACGCUCAGCAUUUUCUCUUGUAAGUUCCACCUUAAGGCGUCCGCAUGCUUCCCAGCCGAAACAAUUUGGAAGAGUUUGUGCAUAUAUUAUGACAACAUUUUGUGAGGUUUUUGUUUGUUUUGGACUUCUGUAAAGAGUUCUUUCAGCUGUUCGGGAACACAAAUGUUUUUCUCGAGGCCAGCCGACGUUCGGGAGCCGAAGUCUACGCCCCUUCGUCUGUAAUUAGUCAACUGUGGGGAUUCUUCAAUAAAGUCUUUGGGUGUGUUUGUAAA